AACAUGGCCGCGCUCAUGUAGCGCAUUGCAGCAUAUGCAGCGCCGUCCGAUGUAUGGCACCAAGUCGCGAAAUCUCCAAUGACAGCCUCGCUCCCCUUCGUGCAAAGACUUCUUCUUUGUCCCCAAGCAGCAUUUCGUCGCGCUUACAGUAAGUCAAACGCGGAUGCCACCGAGCGACUGCUCAAGAUCAUAGAAAGCAUGCCGAAAGUGCCGACCGCUGCCAUACAACUGAGAGCACAGCGCAUCAAUGCCAAGGCCAAGAACGCCAAUAAACCAAAGCCUCGACCGUCCGAAAUAUCCCUGUGGGUCCUCGGAAAUGGGGGACCGGCAAACCCCCAGUCUCUCUACGUCAGCACCGAUCAAGGGAGAUACCUUUUCAACUGCGGAGAGGGUACGCAGAGGCUGGCGACCGAGCACAAGAUGAAGCUGUCCAAGUUGGAGCACCUCUUCUUUACCCACAAUAAAUGGAAGAACAUUGGCGGGCUCCCUGGGCUGGCUUUGACGGUGCAAGACAUCGGAGUACCGGAAUUCUUUGUCCACGGCCCAGCGAACAUGGAGCAGCUGUUCGAAAUGACCAAGGGAUUCAUGAUGCUGCAGAACAUAACGAUAACCAAGCGAAACCCAUCGGACAAGGUGUUUUCAGACAAUUGCAUGGAGGUUGUCUACGUCCCUUUGUUCCUGGACGAAGCCGUAGAUUCUUCUCAAACUGAUGAAAAUGGCGCUAAAAGGCCAAGGAGAUGUUCGCAAGAUGACCCUGACAGUGCUCCUGUGGUUGCCUACAUCUGCAAGCCUCACAGCAGACCGGGCCAGUUGAACUUGGAGAAGUGUGUGAGCUUCGGUGUUCCACCCGGCCCUCUGCUGGGCGAACUGAAGUCUGGUCGAGAUGUGACACUUCCUGAUGGCACAGUUGUCAAGUCACGUGACGUGGUGUCACCUGAAGAAGCUGGCCCUGUAUUCAUAGUCGUCGAAGUCCCUUCCGAAGACUACCUGCAGUCACUGCUGGAAGCCGAGCCGUUCAAAAGCCACCAAGUCACGGCCAGCCGAGAGGAGCACGCAGCCAAGGUGGUCGUCCACUUCACCCCAUCGUCUGUCAUGAGGCACCCUUUGUACAUGGAAUGGAUCAAGAGGUUUCCUGCAAGCACGACUCACCUGGUCUUAAACGAGUGCGCCAGCUCUCUGAGCAGCAUUGCGCUUCAUCGAGCACAGCAUCGCCUCCAUCUUCUCAGUUCAUCCAUAUUCCCGCUGCUGCAUAUAGAGGAAUCUUCUGGUCUCCCCAAGGAGCUUGCCGAACUGAACUGCAUUGUAGGCGAGACGUUGUUAAGGUACAAGCUUCGGCCAUUAUACGGACUUCAGAGGGACUCGGUUGUCUGCGUGGACCCAGAGGCCUACGUGGAGGAGGCCCACUGCAGUUGUUACGGCUUUACCAAGAAGCUGGAAGAAUUGAAGGCUGCUGCAGCAUCGAAGAAAGAUGAAGCAGCUGGCAAGCCCUCUCACCCGGAAAUCCUGUUCCUCGGUACGGCGUCUGCGGUUCCCGGAAAGGACCGCAACGUCAGUGCCAUUCUCAUCAAUGUCAGCGAAGACAUGACAGUCCUCUUCGACUGUGGAGAGGGCACGUUUAAUCAGCUGGUUCGAUUCUAUGGCCUCGAGCGGGCCAGGCACGUACUGACGCGACUCAGCUGCGUCUUUGUCUCGCACCUACACGCUGACCAUCACUUGGGUUUGGUCAAGGUAUUGAAGGGAAGGCAAUCCGCUUUUGAAAUUCUGGGCAUCCCGUACGAGCCCCUUCUCGUGGUGGCCCCGAGGUUCAUGGUACCGUGGAUGAGCCGUUGCAGUCGAGCUUUCGACUCGGUGGCGGAACUUUUCAGGUACGUGGACAACGCGUCACUGCUAUAUGACCAAGAGUCACCGUCUCCGGAGAAAAUGGAGUUGCUGCAGAAAUUAAAGCUUAAAGACUUUAGCACUGUGUUGGUUCUGCAUUGCAAGAAUGCCUACGGCGUCACCAUCACUGCGGAGACGGGUUGGAAGUUGACCUACUCUGGCGACACCAUGCCGUGCGACGCCCUCAUCGAAGCCGGAAAGGGAAGCGACAUACUCAUCCACGAGGCAACAAUGGAGGACGACUUAGCCGAGGAAGCCGUCAUCAAGACUCACAGCACGACGAGCCAGGCGAUUGAGGUUGGCGAGCGGAUGGGAGCCAAGUUCACCCUGCUGACCCACUUCAGCCAGCGUUACGCCAAGCUGCCCCUCAUCUCGGACAAGUUCCACAGCACCGUGGGCUG